UUGAAGUCACGACGACGUCCAAAGGUGUGGGCAAGUCGUGCGCCCGAUGUCAAGUCAGCGGGACAGCUUCGACGACUUUAUAGCUCGGCACCGACAGAGCCGACCAUGGCCCAGUGAACGAGAGCAGAUCCUCCUCGAACCCUUCCACUACAUUGACUCGUCAGGCGGCAAGGAGAUCCGCUCGCAGCUCAUCGAUGCAUUCAAUGUAUGGAUGCAGGUCUCUCCGGACGCGCUCGAGAUAGUCAAGCGGAUCGUCAAGAUGCUGCACGUCGCGAGUCUCCUCAUGGACGACGUAGAAGAUGAUUCCGUCUUGCGCCGCGGUAUUCCCGUCGCCCACAAGGUCUUUGGCGUGCCCCAGACGAUCAAUUCAGCCAAUUACGUCUACUUUCUUGCACUACAGGACCUAGCAAGCUUGCGCUCUCACAGAGGCGUCAACAUCCAGAGUCUUGUCAAUGAGGAAUUGCUCAACCUCCACCGAGGCCAGGGCAUGGACCUAUACUGGCGCGACACGCUCACUUGUCCCACUGAGCAAGACUACAUCGAGAUGGUCAAUUUCAAGACGGGCGGCCUCUUUCGUAUAGCCACCAAAUUGAUGCAAGCUUGCUCUACACGCCCAGAUAGCAACGUCGAAGCCUACGAGCCGCUCGUCAACCUCAUCGGUGUUCUCUUUCAAAUCCGCGACGAUUAUAUGAACCUGCAGUCUUCCCAGUAUGCCGACCAUAAAGGAUACUGCGAAGAUCUGACAGAAGGCAAAUUCUCUUUUCCAAUCGUUCAUUCCAUCAGAGCAGAUUCGAGUAAUUCGCGCCUCAUCAAUGUGCUGCGGCAACAUUCCAGCGAUCCAUCACUCAAGGCCUGGGCGGUGGCCUACAUGCAAGAGACCGGCUCGUUUGCCUAUUGCCGCGACGUUCUCUCGCGGCUCGACGUACAAGCACGCGAAGAGAUAGAACGGCUAGGAGGUAACCCGCUGCUUCUCAAAAUCAUCGACAAGAUGCGCAUACCAGACACAACAGACGAUGGCACCUUGCCUUUGCCGGGCGAAGUUGCGAAUCCAGUUCUCAGUCUCACAAACGCACGACACUGAGCGCUGCAGCAGCCUUGCAUUCAAACACCUUGAUGUUUCCAUGCCAGCAAAUGGUUGCGACAUUGAGCUACCAUCGCCAACGGGACAUCGUCUUCCCGAGCAAGCACGCGGCGCGAGCGGCCCUGAGCAAGCCGUGGCUGCAUAACUUCGAGUCUGUCGCCGCUGCGCAUAUUGCACGACUGAUCGGCUCCUGCCCUUGACAAGUCUAUCGUUCGCGACUGUUGUUGAUCUGUGCAAGUUGCACGAGUUUGCAUCCGAGACGAGGCUGCUCGAUAGGCUUGCGUCAGGCGCGCCAAUGGAAUGUCAUCCCCAGCAAGGCUAUUACGCGAAGUAGUGUCAGAAGUGUGGCAUUCAGCGACUUGCGCAAUGCGCACCCCUGCGGUCCACGACACGAACGAGGCCGCGUCCUCUGUCUCGGGACAGUGUCCGUCUGGAAUUGGCUUAAAUGUAGGUGAUCUGCGGAUUCGCUCGUCUUGGGA